ACUUUCAUGCUUUGCACAAAAACAUAACACAAACAAUAUUUUUAUUUUUAUCUUAUUCGUUUUAAUGAUCAACAAUUUUGAUCAGAAUGAUCGCCGGAUAUUAACCUUUCCGGCGAUUCACCCCUGCGAGAAUAUUUAUCCGGGGACGCUGUUGGAGUCAUUAGUCACACUAUCCCGAAAAAUCUCGAAUUACCAAACGAGAUUUUUUGCGACACAGAGGAAAAAUUCGAAACAAGCGAUUCGGCAAGUGGGGAUUUUGUUAAUGUUCUUGGAGGAGCUUCAAGAGUCGAGAAUUGUACUGCCGGGAUCGAUAAAUCUCUGUUUCUCCGAGCUGCACUUGACUUUUCAGAGAAUUUUGUUCUUGUUGGAUGAUAUUACGCGAGAAGGCGCGAGAAUUUGGGUUUUGAUGAAGGCCCAUUUUGUGGCGAGCCAGUUCUUGGUUUUGGUGAGGAGUGUGGCUACUGCGCUUGAUGUUCUUGAGAUGGAUUCGGUUCGGGUUUCGAGUGAAAUUAGGGAGCUGGUGGAAUUGGUGGCUAUUCAGGCGAGGAGGGUUAGGUUGGAGCUUGAUUUUGAGGAUGAGGAAGUGAUGAAGAAAGUGAUUGUGAUAAUUAAUCAGUUUGAGAAUAGAUUUGAGCCUGAUCAGGGGAUGAUCAAGGGGGUUCUUGAUUAUUUAGGGAUAAGGAGGUGGGAUGAGUGUCAUAAGGAGGUUAAGUUCUUGGAGGAAUUGAGUGGUUUGAUGUGUUUGGAUGGGAAUGAAAGGGAGAUGCCUUUGAUUAGUAGCUUGGCUGGCCUAAUGAGGUAUUGCAGGGGGGUUAUUUUCACGAAUUCGGGUUUUGGAGAGGGGGGGCAGGUGGAUGGGAGGGGGAAUGUGGAAGUAGAAGUGGUGAGUUUCUUGAAUUUGGAAGAUUUUCGGUGUCCGAUUUCUCUGGAGUUGAUGACUGAUCCUGUGACAGUGUCGACUGGUCAGACUUAUGAUAGGGCUUCUAUACAGAAAUGGUUUAAGUCAGGGAAUUUGAUCUGUCCGAAAACUGGGGAGAGGCUGGAAACCACGGAAUUGGUGGCUAAUUCUAGUCUAAGAAAGAUUAUUCAGCAGUUCUGUGCUGAUCAUGGAGUUUCAUUGGCAAAGACUAGGAAGAAGAAUAGUGAUAUAUCAAGAACUAUUGUUCCGGGGAGUCCAGCAGCUGCUGAGGCAAUUAGGUUUCUCUCCGGGUUUUUGAGCAGUAGGCUUAGUUAUGGCACGGAUGAGCAGAAGAUGAAGGCGGCUCAUGAGGUCCGUUUACUGGGAAAAUCAAGCAUUUUUAAUAGAUAUUGCUUGAUUGAAGCAGGCACUGUCCCGCCUCUACUGACACUACUGGCUUCAUCUGAUUCGCCUACACAAGAGAACGCGAUUUCAGCUAUAUUGAAGCUGUCAAAACACUCCAAAGGCAAGAAACAGAUCAUAGAGAAUGAAGGGCUUAAUUUGAUUGUCAAUGUCCUGAAGAAAGGGCUUAAGCUGGAAGCGCGACAAACAGCAGCUGCGACUAUUUUUUAUCUGUCCUCAGUUGACAAAUACCGGAAAAUGCUGGGAGAAACAACUGAGGCCAUCCCAGCUCUGGUUGAGCUGAUCAAGGAAGGAACCAAUUGCGGAAAGAAGAAUGCUGUGGUGGCCAUCUUCGGGCUUCUUUUAUACCCCCGAAACCAUCACAGAGUCCUUGCAGCUGGUACAGUUCAAGUCCUCACCAACUUAUUGUCCACUUCAGACAAAAAAGACGUUAUCACGGACUCAUUAGCCAUCCUCGCGAAGCUAUCAGAGAGCUUUGAAGGAUCAAGCAUGAUCGUCCAGGCCUCGGCCUUGUCCAUAAUCUUAAGAAUUUUCAAGAAUUUGGCUUCGCGGUCAGGGAAAGAGUACUGCGCCUCAAUCCUGCUGUCUUUGUGUCACAACUGUGGAGCAGAUGUGAUCAGUGUCCUAGCAAAAGACCCUGGCCUAAUGACAGCAUUGUAUUCUCUCUUGAGCGACGUCGAUGGCACGGCUCAUUCGAACAAGAAAGCUCGGAUGAUCAUCAACAUUGUGCAUAGGUUCCAUGAGACAAGCACUUCUCAGUUGAUCAAUCAUCAGGUCCAGGAGCAAUCCAUUCAUGUGCAGUGAAGUGUUGUAAAUAUUACCAUGAUACUUGUGAUCUUAGCUCGAUUUUUGCAGGAGCUGAGUUCUAGUGCUUGGAAGUUUUUUUGAAAUAGUUUAUACAGACAUACUGUAAUGGUAGUAAGAUACAAACAUUUGUAUUAGAAUUUGGUUUGCCGAUAAUAAAACAUUGAACGGUUGAAAACAAAA